CGUUCCCGCAUCAGCUGUCAAAUCAACUCGUCAAAGUUCAUUAACAUUUAGACGGCGUCUCUCAACUAUUUCAGUAAUUGAUAGUAGACAAAAGGCCUCUGUACAUUCAAGCGUAUCAGCACAUUCAGUACUGAUCGGUAGCCAGUGCGAACCGGGUCACGAUGCCACUUCCUGGGAACGUUUUUUCUUCAGUAUUACUAGUUGCGCUGGUGGGAGUGAUCGUUGCAGCGGAAACAGAGCUCCGAUUACUAGCGAACAACCUGCAUCGCGAUCAGAAGUUGGUUGGCGGUAAGAGCCCAGAGUUUCCGGCGUGGUUUGCUUUUGGAGCGGCUACCGCCGCCUAUCAGGUUGAAGGAGGCUGGAACGAAGACGGUCGAGGUGCGUCGGUUUGGGACACGUUAACCCACGAUCAUCCGGAGCUGGUGGUUGAUCAGUCUACCGGGGAUGUGGCAGCCGACUCGUAUCACAGAUUUCAAGACGACGUCGAAGCGCUGAAGCAGGUUGGGUUCAACUUUUACCGCUUCUCGAUCUCCUGGGGACGGAUCCUACCGGAAGGUGAUCUUUCCUCGUUAAACCAAGCAGGCAUCGACUACUAUAACAAGUUAAUCGAUGCCUUGAUCGUGGCCGGCAUUGAACCCGUUGUGACCAUGAUCCACUACGACGUGCCGCAGUAUCUGCAAAACCUCGGAGGAUUGGCAUCGCCUCUUUUCGUCCAGUAUAUUGAGAUCUACGCCGAUACGUUGUUCCGCAACUUUGGUGAUCGCGUUAAGGUGUGGAUCACCCACAACGAACCGUACAAUUUCUGCGUCGACGGGUACGGCUACGGUCGCAACGGUCCGCUGGUGUACGCUCCCGGAGUUGGAGAAUACCUGUGCGUUCACUACACUCUACUGAGUCAUGCAACGGCUUACCAUCUGUACAAUCAACGCUACCGAGCUCAGCAGAAAGGAUCCGUUGGAAUCACCCUCAGUGGAAGGUACUUCUUCCAAGCGGACAACCAAACUGGAUCGGAAGCGGUCGAUCGUGCUCUUCAAUACCAUAUCGGCUGGAUGGCUCACCCUCUGUUCAGCGAAACCGGCGGAUACCCACCCCUCAUGGAGAAAGAGAUCGCCGAGCACAGCCAGCAAGAAGGUCGCACCAUGUCCCGACUCCCGUCGAUGACCGCCGCCACGAAGGCCUUCGUACGAGGCUCCGCCGACUUCCUCGGCUACAACUACUACAGCAGUCGCCUCGUCCAGCUAGACCCGCACCCGUACAACCUCUCAACAACGCCGUCCAUUGAAAAGGACUCCAAACUUCUGCUAAGCGUCGAUCCCUCCUGGAAACGGGCCAAAUCCUCCUGGCUGUACGUGGUCCCCGAAGGACUGCGCGGCGUUCUGAACUGGUUCCGGACGGAGUACGGUAAUCCGCCGGUGGUGAUAACCGAAAACGGGUACUCGGACGACGGCCAGCUCGAUGACCAUGGCCGGGUGGAUUACUACAAGAGCCACUUGACCCAGCUGCUGGCCGCGAUACGUGAGGACGGGUGCCACGUGGUGGGCUUUACCGCGUGGAGCAUUGUUGAUAACUUCGAGUGGUUGCAGGGGUACAGCGAAAAAUUUGGCCUGUACCACGUCAACUUUUCGAGCCCAACCCGCGAACGCACCCCAAAGCUGUCCUCGAAACUGUUUCGAGCUGAUCCAAACCCGGAUCGUUCCGAGCCCUUCACUUCCGGUAAGGUAGAUUCGAAAGUAAUAAAUAAAAAACAACAGUUUUAGUUUAUUCGGGUCGACAACAGCGUAUUUAUUAGGUCAACAAAUGUUAAAAACGUAAUAAAAAAGAGAUCAAAAACAAAACAAAAA